GGAGGGAGAGGAUUAACUACGAAUCCACUGGCAGGAAGCUCAACGAGUUGAUUCUCUGUGAUGAUCCGGAAAGACUAGUCUGGUUGCUUUCCAUCCCUCGCAAGCCCAAGCCAUAUCAGCGCUCCACCGAACGCGGCCACAGCAAGGAUCCGCGUGAUCUGGGCGCGCUGAACCUCCCCUUCGACGUCUUGGAUCUCAUAUUCGAUCAUAUCGAACUCGACAACAUCUUCGACGCCGUCUACCUCGCGCUCACCAACACAUUCCUCCGGGUCAUCGCCGAGAAACACAUCUACGAGGGACUGCGCUUUCUCAAUGCGCUGUGGACUCUGCAGCGUCUCAUCUGCAUCGGCGAAUUACCUCAAGGGCGAUGAUCUGCCUCCUGGUAUCCUACAGGAGGAUGAGAAGGAGUCACUCAGCGGCGACUGUCCCGAGACGAAGGACGGCCCGAACGGCACACGUCUGUACAACGCAGCCGAGACCUGGCUCUGCAACCGUGACCGGUAUGCGGCCGAAUGGUGGGACCAGAAGCUCGAUUGGUGCGCCUCGGAGGGUCGAUUGUCCCCUGACGAGAGGGAUGAGCUGUACGACUUAGCCAAGCUCGACUACUCGUGGGAUGAGACGCCCGAGACCGAGUGGAUCCUGUGCAACUGGACGCUCGCGCAAUACGUGCGUGUCAGCGCCGUCGCGGAGCUCACGGGCACGGACUGUGACGGUGGCCCUUGGACAACUACGUUUCUCAGCCUCGGGCACGUCCUCCUCACGCAGAUCUGCUGGUCGUCGGACCCUUCGGUCAGCAUGCGUUAUAAAGGGCCCUUCCACCGCGGCCGCUGGGCUGGACACUACUUUGCCAUUACCGCCGUGGACCAGUUGACGGAGGACCGCAGCUUCGCCGAAAAGAAGGACUGGACCGACGUGACGGACAAGAUCGUCGGCGAGGUUUUGGAGAUAUGGCGAGCCGAUCACCCUGAAGGACUGGCACCCCACCUCCGCCCUAAAGGCCGCAUUAGACAGCAUUCUUGAUCACACAGAUGACUUGGAAGAUCUGCAAGGCCAAGAGGAGAGCGACCCGGACAACUCGGUUGUACAUAGAGCAGACUGACUCGCAUGCCGUGGGCGAGGACGCUUCAGGUGAUGAGUCUCAAGCAGCCGACAGAGCGUGAACCGACGAAAGAUCUAUCUGGACCCAACGACUAGUAGACGGUCGCCAAUACUUAUUUAUUUGCUGUGAACUAUGCGACGUUCUGUGUAGUACAAUAAUAACGUGUAGAGGUUGUACAACGUGCUUCGCACCGCUGUUUGUAGUGUUUGUACCCCAUUCCGGAUGUGUAAAGGUC